AUGAAGCGCAAGACAGAUUCCCGGGGCUCAAUGGAUGGCAAUGCCAUGCCAGAGUCCAAGAAAAGAGCCCUGUCUAGCGAAGAGGCUGCUGCCCGCUUCCGCGACGGUCUGUUCGACGUGGCCGAGCAGCAGAAGUACACUGGUGAAUACGCCAAGUCUUCUCCCUAUUUGCACGGCGUCAUCCACCCACUCAUUGAGCCGUCCCUCCUCCGCUCCGUCCGCGAUGAGAUCCAAACCCAAGUGUCCUUCACCGAGAAGGAAACUGAUAUCUACAAGAUCUUCCAGUCCGGUGAUCUGGCCAACCUUGAUGGCCUGGACGAUUCUUCUCUGUCCAAGCUCCCAUCCGUGCUGAAGCUCCGCGAUGCGAUGUAUUCAGCCCGAUUCCGCGAGUACUUGUCCUCCGUGACUGGCUCGGGCAAGCUGAGUGGACAGAAGACCGAUAUGGCAAUCAACGUGUACACAGAGGGAUGCCACCUGCUCUGUCACGACGACGUGAUCGGCAGUCGCCGCCUCAGUUACAUUCUCUACCUCACCGAUCCCGACACACCUUGGCAAGCCGAGUGGGGUGGUGCGCUGCGCCUGUUCCCGACCACCACCCAGAAGGAUGCCAAGGGCGAAGACGUCAAGAUCCCCAGUCCUGACUACAGCCUCUCCAUCCCGCCCGCCUUCAACCAGCUCAGCUUCUUCACCGUCCAGCCUGGUGAGAGCUUCCACGAUGUUGAGGAAGUAUACCACCCGCGCGAGGACGAGGACAAGUCCAAGAAGCGCGUGCGCAUGGCCAUCAGUGGAUGGUUCCACAUUCCCCAAGAAGGCGAGGACGGAUACGAAGAGGGCCUGGAAGAGAAGCUGGCCGAACGCAGCAGUCUUGCUCAACUCCAAGGCCGCGGCGAUAUCUACGAUUUGCCCCAGCCGCAACCCGUCUCCUGGGAAGAGCCCGAAGUCGAAGUCGAAGGCAAGGGCAAGGGCAAGGCCGAAGAGCAAUCCGAGGGAGAGUUCGAUGCAUCCGAACUCGACUUCCUGGUGCGCUACAUCGCACCCUCGUACCUGACUCCUGAUAUCGCCGAGGAAAUGUCCGAUGCGUUCUCCGCCGAGUCUUCUCUCAGCCUGGAGCGAUUCAUGAACGACAAGUUCGCUUCGCGCAUGAGCGCAUUCAUCGAGGAACAGGAGCGACAAGCUCUUCCGACUUCGUCCGAUGAGAUUGAAAAGCAGCGCGGAUGGACUGUCGCUCGCCCUCCCCACAAGCACAGAUAUCUUUACCAGCACGCCUCCGGCAAGGAGGAGUCAGAGAACCCGAUCCAGGAGCUCUUGAACGUGCUCUUCCCCUCCCAGGCUUUCCGCAAGUGGCUCGGUCUCAUCACCGGUGUUGACCACCUCACCAGCCAUGAUCUGAUUGCGCGACGAUUCCGCCGUGGCGCGGAUUACACUCUUGCUAGUGCGUACGAGGGCGAGGAGCCUCGUCUUGAAUUCACUUUGGGUCUCACCCCUAGCCCUGGUUGGGAGAAGCAGGAAGACGAGGAGGAAGAGGAAGAGGACGAGGAUAACGAAGACGGAGAAGCUAAGGAGUCUACCAAGGCACCCGAGCCAAAGGAAAAGACCAAUGAGGAGGCCGUCGAGGGACCCGCCCUUGGUGGUUACGAGAUCUACAUGGCCGGCGAUGAGGAAGAGGAGGAGGAAGAGGACCCCGAGAACGCCGAUCAGGUCUUGGGACAAAAGAAGACCAAGGCUGACCCUGCCAUCUACCGAUCUGCCGGCGCAGACGAGGACGAUGGCAUUCUGUUCAGCACACAGGCUGGGUGGAAUCGCCUCAGCAUCGUGCUACGUGAUAGCGGUACGCUCAAGUUCGUCAAGUACGUCAGUGCGGCGGCCAAGGGCGACCGGUGGGAUAUCACGGGUGAGGUUGGUGUUGAGUUUGAGGAUGAUGAGGAUGACGAGGAUGAAGAAUAA